GGACGAGAAAUAUAUUUUUCAAUACUUGUAUCCAUCGCCUCAAAUGCAUAUUUAAAUGGUCAGAGUCGCAUCAGGAUAACACAAAUACCCCUAUUUUGGCAAGAUCUUGGAACCGUCCAUACAACCUGAGCUCAUAGCUCUAACAUUAUGUGAGAAUGCUAACCGUCCAAGUCUUUUGAGAAAUUAAUACAAAGUUUAAUGUCAGAGGCUCAGCUUGUCUGAUGAAAUACAUAUUAAACAAAAUACAAACCAAACAAAGCCACAAUCGUGUCACAGUCCAUUCUGCUAUAAAUAUCUAUGACUCCACCCAUAACGAAACGUGCCCCAGUGGCCUAAUGGAUAAGGCACUGGCCUCCUAAGCCAGGGAUUGUGGGUUCGAGUCCCAUCUGGGGUGGUUGUUUUUUCUGGGGAAAAUAAGUGGACGAAGUCUUUCUGAGGAGGAACCCUGGGACCGACAUUCUCUCAUUGAAUUGAUGCGACCCAGCGCCCCAUCCUUCAUAUUUGGGGGCAACCAUUUUAUCUCCCUCCGAGUAGCCGCCGUGAUGAAGAAACACAUUUAUUGAAACACACAAAAGGAAUUGGCAAGAAAACAGCCGCCAUGGAGAAGCAAAGCAUCACACUGUGCUUAUUGCUGAGCUGUUUGGCUGCAUCAGUGCAAACGUACCAGCUCAGAGAGGCCACUGUGUACUGGGAUGCGGCCCAGAAAAGUGUGAUCCUGAAGGAAGGGGUGAUGGAGACAGAAGGGGGAGCCUACGGUUACUUCAAUGACACUCUGCUGCUCUCUGGAUGGGGCGUCUUGGAGAUCUGUGCAGGUUGUGGGGGAACCGCCCAGGAAGACGAGACCACCUUUUUCCUGGCCGGGUACCUGGAAGGUUUUCUCACUGCUGGACAGAUGUUCAAUCAUUUCUCCAAUAUGUACCCUCAACUCCUAACGGAUGAGAAGGUUUUGAACCCCCUCAAAAGGUUUUUAAGCAAACAGGACCAGUGGGCCCGAGAGCAGGUGAAACAGAGGAGACACGGCGACCCCUGGUGGAACCACAUGGGACUGAUCCUGGCCCAGCUGGACGGCCUCCAGGCGGGAGCUGCUCAGUGGGCCAAAAGCAAACACAGAGAGCCUCUAUCAGCAUUUGCCCUCCAGUUUCUGAAUGGCGUUGGCGACCUCCUGGACCUCGUCCCGGCUCUGACGCCUCGCUCCAACUCCUCCGCGGGGGCCGGCGCUUUCAGGACGCCAGGAAUGGGCCACUGCACGGCUCUCAUCAAGGUGCUGCCCGGCUUUGAGAACCUGCUGUUUGGCCACUCUAGCUGGUACACGUAUGCAGCCACCAUGCGUAUCUACAAACACUGGGACCUCAGGGUGUCUGACACGCACACGGCCACCGGGAAGAUGUCGUUCAGCAGCUACCCUGGCUUCCUGACCUCCCUGGACGACUUCUACCUGCUGGGGAGCGGCCUGCUGAUGACUCAGACCUCCAUCGGCGUCUUCAACGUCUCUCUGCUCUCCCGGCUCAGCCCCCACAGCCUGCUGGCCUGGCAGAGGGUCCGUCUGGCCAACGGCCUGGCGCGCAGCGGGGGGGAGUGGGCGCGCCUCUUCUCCAGACACAACUCAGGUACAUAUAACAGCCAGUACAUGCUGGUGGACCUGAACAGGAUUUCUCUGGGUCACAGCAUCAGGGAUGGAGCUCUGACUGUGCUGGAGCAGAUCCCUGGGAAAGUGAUGCACUCGGACCAGACUCAAGCUUUACGCAGAGGUUAUUGGCCCUCCUAUAACGUCCCAUUUCAUGCUGAAAUCUACAACCUGAGCGGGUACCGUGUGAUGUGGAAGAGGUACGGAGAGGACUUCUCGUACGACCUCUGUCCUAGAGCCAAAAUCCUUCGCAGGGACCAGGCCAAGGUGUCCGACCUAAACUCCCUCAAACACAUCAUGAGAUACAACAACUUCAAGAGAGACCCUUACUCCAAGGGCCAUCCUUGUAAAACCAUCUGUUGCCGUAACGACCUGAGACCAAGAAGGCCGCGGCCAGGAGGUUGCUAUGACACAAAGGUGACGGACUACCAGAUGGCGGUCCAGUUGGUUGCGCAGGCCAUAAACGGCCCCACAACACAGGGGGGCCUGCGUCCUUUCUCGUGGCAACCGUUCAACGGUACCACCCAUCAGGGCCUUCCGCUCACCUACAGCUUUCCCUUCGUCACCAUGAGGCCCACGCUGCAUCGACCCUGAGAGAGACAGCACACAUACAACCAAUCUAUGCAGGAUAGCCUUUGUUUCUAGAACCUGGGGGGGAAAAAGCUUGUAAAAAGUUGGCUAAUUUUGAUUAUUUGGUUGAAAAAAACAACGGACAAUCUGAAUUACUUAAUUUCCCAUCAUUGAAUAUGAGUUUGACUGGGAUUUUUUCAUAAAUCUGAUUAAUGCCAACCUGAGGUUUGAUCAAAUCAUCCACUAAUUCAUUCAUACUAUUUAAUCCUAUAACACAUUAAAAAAAACGUGCUUGUUUCAACUAAACCCAACCAGCCGUAACAGAAAGACGAUGAUGGAAUUACUGUGGCUCUCAUUUCUCAGUAGUCAUUAAGGAGUGUUGGAUUACCAUUAAUAUUCUGUUCCCUGAAUGUAUUAGCAAUGUUAUAUUAGAAAGUUUGUUUGAGGUUCUGGCCACUUAGGGAAUGCUUUUGUUUUAGUUAAUACUAGUGUAUUGCAUGUAUUUUUGUUUUAAAUUCUAUGCAAUGUUUCCUCAGGUUUAAACAAUGUAUAAUAAAAUGAUCUUAUUUAAUAUCAUUGAUAACAAGA